AUGACUACAAAAAUUGCUAAAAUAAGUAACUUGGCCCUUCACGUCUUCCGCACACACUCUCUACGCGUUGCCAAUGGAGGUGCGGUGUUUCCCGCUGUCGCUGCCACUGCUUCCGCUUGUGACGAUCCCGAAGCAUUGAAGCAUCUUCUUUCUAACGUCGCUGCUCUCACCCUUCACGAUGUUGGCCUCGACUCACCCUUUUCUUUGCCCCCUCCAUGCCAGCUCAACGCACCCGUGGCCUACAUGCACAUAACUGAGAAUGAGGUAUUCUCUAUGGGCAUGUUCAUCCUCCGUCCUGGCUCUCGCAUUCCCCUCCAUGGACAUCCAGGCAUGUUUGGAGUGAUUCGAGUGAUGCAGGGCUCUAUGCGCUGUCGUUCCUUCACUCCUCUUUCUCACAAUAAGUCUCCUACUGGUGCCGGUUCGCAGCCAAGGGCAUUAUCAGACGGCUGUGGUGGCACCGCAGUGAUGUGGCGUCUUGCAACCGCAUCCGACCUUACUGUAGCCGAACCGCACGCGGACAAGCUGCUAGGGGCCUCCGACCGCACCCCCUGUCUCCUUACUCCGUGUACAGGGAACCUACAUGAACUAACAGCAGUGGAGGGAACCGUUGUCUUCCUUGACAUCCUGUCGCCUCCCUAUGACCACGACCUGGGUACACGGGAAUGCCUCUUCUAUCGCGAGAUUGAUUUGCCUCCCUUGAGUGAACCGCAUGACUUCGGUAGGGUGUCUGGACGUCAAAUUCGGAUUCGAGUUACCUUAUCAGCACGGGAGUCUUUGUAA